UGUGGGCCAGAAAAAAAAAAAUAAAAAUAAAAAUUUGUGGGCCAGAAAAAAAUAAAAUAAUAAUAAAAAAAAGUCAGAAUUCGGACUGAUGGGCGCCAGCAGCAACCACACAGACGCAGGUUGAGUUACGGCGGACAGCCAAUGUUCUGGAGAAAAUGUCUGAUUUAAGCGACUUUUUACGUGCCAGAAGAGUACCAGAAGCGUCCAUUGCACUAAUGGAAGAACAAAAGAUUGACUGUGAUGCCGCAGCAAAGCUGAAAAAUCACGGCGAUGGAUUUGCUGUUUUAAACUUCUACUAAAUCAACAAACUGUCCAAGAGGAAAAAAGGCCUUCUGUUUAAGACUGUUCCCUUCUUAAAGAGAAAGAAGCUCGAAAAUGUCAGAUUUGGAUACCAUUAGGAUACCAUUAGGCUUUACUUCAGACUCUCUUUAAAUAACAAAGAAAUCCUUCAAAUUUUAGCGCACAGUCAUCAUACUAUAUUAAGUAAUCGAACUCUAAAAAGAAUUUGCAGAAGACUUGGGCUGUUUCGAAGAAAGAAUCAGUCCGACCUUGAAGAAGUGCUAGCCUUUGUCCAACAACAAAUAAUGACUAAUGGACAAAUGCAAGGUUAUCGGUGGCUACAUCUUCGUGCGAUUCAACAUGAAUUUGUGGUGUCACAAGACACUGUGAGACAAUUAAUCAAAUUGUUUGACCCAGAAGGUGUGGAACUGAGACGAGCACGACGGUUGAGAAGACGUCAGUACAAUUGCAGAGGACCAAAUGCGCUCUGGCAUAUGGAUGGCUACGAUAAACUAAAACCUUAUGGCAUUGCUAUCAGUGGCUGUAUAGAUGGUUUUAGCCGACAUGUUUUAUGGAUGGAGGCUUAUACCACGAACAAUGACCCAAAACUGAUUGCAAGUUAUUUUUUGAAAACCGUUUCAUGUGUCAAAGGAUGUCCUGAAAGGAUACGUGCCGACAGAGGCACAGAAAACAUUUGUGUUGAACAAAUGCAGAUAUUUCUGAGGCGAAACCACACAGACAGUUUUGCAGGGGACAAAAGUUUCCUUUACGGAAGAAGUACAUCCAACCAGCGCAUUGAAGGAUGGUGGUCCACCCUCCGUAAACAGAGCGCACAGUUUUGGAUGAACUUAUUUCAAACCUUUCUGGAUGAUGGUCACUUCACAGGAGAUUUUUUGGAUAAAAGCCUUAUCCAAUUCUGCUUUCUUAAUCUUAUUCAGGAUGACCUUGAUGAUGUUGUGAACACAUGGAACUCACACAAAAUCCGGGCAAGUGGGGGUGCAGUAUCGGGCCGACCUGUGGUGAUGUACUCAUUUCCAGAGCUGCACAAAGCUGAGGAUAGACUGAAACCUGUUUCUCUGGAUGAGGUCACUGUGUGUAUGGAAGAGUGUACACCAAAAGGUCCAUAUCCCUGUGAUGAAACAGUCUUUGAACUUUGUUGUCUGCUUAUGGUAGAACACAACUUGGAGGCCCCAAGAGAUCCACUUAUUGCUGCUGAUUUGUAUAUAAGGUUAAGAGAAGAAAUUCUUCAAAGUAUUUAGCAACUUUCAGUGUGCAUAAAGAUCAUUUAAAAAGUGUUGCUAUUUAUCUCCAUCAUGCCAUUGGAUAGUGUUUGCAAUGUGAUAGGUGCCCUCUAAACAGGGCUUCCUGCUCUACAUCUAAUUAAAGAAUGAAAAGUAUGCAAGCAAACAGAACCUUUUUGACGUCAUUUUACCAGAACAUGAAAGUUUAUUGCUGUCAUUAUUUAUUUGUAGAGUUCUGAUGACCUGACAUUAAUGUACAAGCUGUUACUGUGCUGAUAAAAAUUAAAAUUGCAGUUUGUUUGACAUGAUUUCCUAACCCAUAGUUUGUUUCGCUUUCAGUCAUUUGAAGGAACAAUGCUGAUGCAAAGUUAUUCAAUGAUAAUCAGUUAUGAGCCAAAUGUCAGUCCUUUUAAAUUGGUAUGCGUUGUGAUUCAUAUAUAUUUUUUUGUUUAAAACGAGAUGCUGUUCUGUUAAAGAUAUUGUAAGUGUAUGGUUGAGAUGUGAACUAAAUGGCAGAAGAGCAAAAAGGAUGUCAUAAAUUGAACACAUGGAAAACAAUUGUCUGUGAAAUAAAAAUGAACUUCAA